AUGGGUACAUCAAAGUCUCGUGCCUCUACAAAGGCUGCCAAAUCUGCGCCUGCCAUUCCCACGCGUCUCGUCCCCGAGAAGACCUUCGUCCUCGACAAUGGCGCAUACACGAUGAAAGCAGGCUGGGCCUGUGAUCCCUCCGUCCCCGCCGAAGAAGCCCUUUCCCACUGCGCCACGAUACCCAACGCAAUUGUCAAGACCCGCGACAAUCGGAUAUGGACGGGUGCUCAGCUCAACACGCAUGUCACGGACUGGAAUGAAGCGGUGUUUCGCCGCCCCGUGGAGAAGGGGUUUAUUGUCAAUUGGGAGGCCCAGAGGGAGAUAUGGGACCAGACAUUCUUCGAAGAGAAAGCCACCCCUCGGAACAAGCAGCUGCGGAUCGCGAAGCCAGAAGAGACAACCCUGAUUUUGACGGAGGCUCCCAAUAACCUGCCGGUAUUGCAGCGCAAUACGGACGAGAUGGUGAUGGAGGAGUGGGGCUUUGGUGGCUAUGCGCGAUGCUUAGGCCCAACCCUGAACGCCUGGUGUGAUGUCAACGCUCUAUUCGGCGACCCCCUCACUAGAAGCGAUGCCGAAGUCUCCCCCAAGGACUGUCUGCUUGUCGUGGAUUCCGGAUACUCACACACCACGGUCACUCCGGUCUACAAGGGUCAGCCUCUGCAGCGUGCCAUUCGCCGGCUUGACGUCGGAGGCAAGCUUCUCACAAAUUACCUGAAGGAGAUCGUCUCCAUGCGACAAUACAACAUGGUGGACGAGACAUACAUCAUGAACGAGGUCAAGGAAGCGGUCUGCUUUAUCAGCAAUGACUUCAUACACGACAUGGAGAAAACGUGGAAGGCGAAUCGAAAGCGCGAGGAUGCUCAAAGCGUAGUCGUGGACUACGUGCUACCUGACCCCAAUGCCAACAAAAAGGGAUUCAUGCGGCCCCAUGAUCCGCUGCUGCACGCAAAGAGGAAGAAGGGUGCUCUGUCAGGUCUCAGUCCUGAGGUGUUGUCUGAGGAUGUCCUCGUUUUGGGCAAUGAAAGGUUUACCGUUCCUGAGCUACUUUUCAGGCCCAGUGAUAUCGGCAUGCAGCAGGCUGGAAUACCUGACAUGAUUCUUCAAAGUCUUUCCGUCCUGCCUCCUGGCUUACAUGCUGCCCUUCUUGCGAACGUCCUGGUGGUUGGCGGCAAUUCCUGUAUUCCAGGGUUUAUGGAUAGACUGGAAAACGACCUCCGAGCGAUUACCUCCUCAGAAUGCGUCGUCCGCGUCCGAAGAGCCGAGGAUCCAUUCCGCUCGGCCUGGCUUGGUGGCUCUCGAUUCGCAAGUAAUCGCGAGGAACUUGGCAAGGUGGUGAUCACUCGGCAAGAGUAUCAAGAAUAUGGAUCUGGAUGGGCUACUCGACGAUUCGCUGGGCUGGUGUAG